AUGGAGCAUGUCGUCGUAGGGCGCAGUGAGGCCUUUGGACAUUUCAUUGGCGAGUGCCAAAUCUAUAAAAAGCCUUCUGAACCAACCUGUAUCUUCGUCAAAUACCACGGAAAGCCCAUCUCUUCUCCCAGUACUAGCACAAUCUCAACCAAGCUCAUCAUCAUGCCCCAUCCCACCCAGCCCGAUAUCCAAUAUUUUCCUGACUACGAGAAGUACAAAUCCCGCUCCCAACGACGUCAAGCCACAGAAGAUCUUCCCACAACCCUACCAGUCGGAUUCCCCACCGAACUCAAGUCAUCUCUCGUAUGGCACGGAAAGGACAUCAACAACUCAACCGACUGGAUCUUCCAUCUCAACGAAGCUCAGCUUGACGAGAUAAACACCGCCUUGAAGUCCUUCCAGUCCCUCAACCUCCCCCUAGGCCACAUCAACCAAGCCACCUUCCCUCUGCCCAACCUCAAAACCCACCUACGAAGCCUAUCCAAAGACCUCCACACAGGACGAGGCUUCUUCAUCCUCCGCGGCCUCAACGUAGACAGAUACACCCGCGAAGAGAACAUCAUCAUCUAUUGCGGCGUCUCUGCCUACGUGGCUAAUCUCCGUGGCCGCCAGCAGGACCCGCACUUCACUAACGGCAAGUCCUUGGUGAUUUCGCAUAUCAAGGAUCUGACGCGCACUAAAGAUGCUGCGGAUGUAGGGGCCCCGUCCAAUACGGCUGAUAAACAGGUCUUCCAUACUGAUGGCGGCGAUAUUAUCUCCUUGAUUUGUCUCAACCCGUCGGUCCAGGGCGGCGAGAGCUAUAUCGCUAGUAGUUGGCUGAUCUAUAAUAUCCUGGCAAGGGAGCGUCCGGAUCUGAUUCAUACUCUGUCGGAGGAUUGGCCGUUUGAUGGCUUCGGCAACAAAACCCGCCCCUACACCCUCCGUCCCCUCCUCUUCUACCAGCCCGCCACAGCAUCCACCCCGGACCGCGUCAUCAUGCAAUACGCCCGUCGCUACUUCACCGGCUUCCAGGCUCAACCUCGCUCACCGGACAUUCCUCCCCUCACUGAAGCCCAGGCUGAAGCUCUCGAUGCGCUUCAUUUCCUGGCUGAGGAGAAUAGCGCUACACUAGACUUUCAAAAGGGUGAUAUCCAGUAUAUUAACAAUCAUAGUAUCUUUCAUGCACGGAAUGGGUUCGUGGAUGAGCCUGGGAAUGAGCGACAUUUGAUCCGGUUGUGGCUGCGCGAUGAAGAGUAUGGCUGGGAGACCCCAGAAAUGCUAAGGCCACGUUGGGAACAUGUUUAUAAAGACGUGAGGGAGGAGGACCAGGUGUUUCCUUUGGAGCCGAAUGUUCAUAAGUCGUUGGGGUCGUGAGUAUACACUAAGGAUCAAGGCGUGAAAUGAUUACAUUCAAUCAUGGCUGGAAUGAAACAUGUGAUUAUCCCUGACUUUACUAUUGCCAUUCAGCUGGGAUAGGCCAUUAGUUCCUUUUUCCAGCAAAU